CAACAGCGACGUUGGGGCCGCGCAGCUGUUGGGGUUCGUCGGAUUCGGUGAAUCAGUUCAAACGAAUCGAAGCAACGGAAAGCAUAAAUUUUCAAUUGUGCGCUCGUAAUCGCGUUCUGAAAAAAAAACUCUUUGGUUGUUUUAGUGAUUAGCAAGUCUAAUUAUUUGUUCGGUAGUGAUACAAAGUCAGAAAGCAAGACACGCAAGCAAAUUUGUGGGCAGGGAACUAACUUAGCUGAGAAUAACCGGUUUCCGGGGGGGAGACAUAGCAGUACAAAAAUGGCAAGGGUGGUGAAAGUGAAUUGCGCAUCAGUCGCCAUUUUCGCAAUUUUAUUGCUAAGCGAAAAUUUUGGAUGCAGUGAAGCAAAGCGCGUUUUGACCAGCAACAAUCGCAAGACUGGCGGUGGACGCACUAGCAGUAGUGGACACGUGACCAAACCAAGCUACCCGACACAAAGCAGCAACGGUGCAAGCAACUCGCAUGCGGACCUUGCUAAACUUAGCUAUUCUGGGUAUAAUUCCGCGCCCAAUCGGCCAGCAUCCGCAGCAGGAAGUGGUGCCACAAAUUCCCAACCAAUUGGCUGGAAUGUACCAAAAUCUCAAGGACCACCCCCUUCUUACUCAGCUUCUAAUCCUGCGGGCGGUGCGCAUACAAACAUGCACGAGGCUCCACCAGCUUAUCGCCCAAACAAUGCCGCACCACCCAGUUAUGGCAGCGCAACCAAUGUACACACUCCAAUAAGCGCCACUAAUACGCAUGGCGUGCAGAGCUCCUACCCCGGCGCUACGUACCAUUCCCCUGGCGCGUUGCCAGCGGGAGCCACUUAUUAUUCAUCACCUGGUCAACUACCUGCAGGUGCAAGUUAUCACUCUCCUGGCUCACUACCACCAGGUGCAACCUACUAUCCAUCUUCGGGACACAUGCCUGUAGGAGGCGGUUACUAUCCUUCUGGGGGCCAUAUGCCAGCCGGUGGGGGUUACUAUCCGGCUGGAGGCGGCGUACCUGCAGGUGCCACUUAUGUUGCUCCUGGCGCUGCAUUACCCCCCGGUGCUGUCAUGUACUCAUCACCACCACAGCAAACAUCAUCUGGAUUAGGAUUUGGAUCAGGAUUGGCCGCGGGCGCAAUUGGUGGCGCUAUCCUUGGUCAUGUACUUACACCCACAAAUACUCGCGUGGUGGAAUCUGCACCGGCUGCUGCCGCUGGGCAGUCUGGUAACAAUGACGAUAAAAUCAUCAUCAUCAACAACGGUCCGCCAGGCUCGGUGACCACAACAAACGCAGGCGGCGCAACUGUAAUAACCACUGGCGUCGCAGGAGAAAAUGGUACCCAACCAGCUGCGGUACCGGCACCAGUUCCGGCUCCAGGCGCUGCACCAGCUGAUCCCGCAAUACCCCACGUACCUUUAGCCCCCAUGGGCGAUAAUAUUGCAGCGCAAGCGACAAACGGCACAACCGAACAACCAGCAGCACCCGCACCAGCCGGUGAACAACCAGCACCUGCACCAGCUGGCGAACAACCCCCACCAGGUGGUAUAAUUUGUGUGCCCGUACGUAUUAACGAAACUGAUCCGGCAGAUAACAGCAAAAUGAUUGAAGUCGAGAAAAUUGCUUGCUACCCAGCCCCCCCACCACCACCGCCCGCAGGGACUGGUGCUGAAAUGAACGGCACUGUACCGAUGAUGCCGCCAGCUGACGCAGGUAGUGCACCCUUAGCACCGCUAAGCCCGGUCACUGCAGCCUCACAGCAAUUGCAAGCAAGUCCAACGCAAGCACCAUUGAUGCCCGACAAUACUUCGGGGGGAACUAGUGGUGCUGCUUGGGUUAAUUACGCUCAUUGUAAUUCAUUUGCAGCUAUGCUGUUGCCAUUAAUGAUUGCUUUCUUUGGCAUGCGUUAAAUACGCGAAACUAAAAAUAGCAACAAAAGAUAAUAACCAGAAAAGACGGUAAAAUAAGAACAAAG